UUGGUUCAGAUGGCUCCUCAAUAUUACGAUAUGUCGACGUUUCCGGAUUGUGAUGCCAAAAGGAAGCUGCAGCAUACAAUCUCAGCGUUACAGGCACUACGGGCCGCACGCGGUUUAUGA